UUAAGUUCUUAGUUCUAGCCGUCUCGGGCUCAUUGUUUUCCAAUUGAGAUUCAAAAUCUUGCUAUAUAUUCUCCUGAACAAGCUUGAAUAAACUCCGGGGUAAAGAUCCCUUCGAUAGACAGCAAAUUCCAGUUUCUAUUGAUGGUGCCCAAUUGAUUUCAAUCUCACCAGAUAGAGCCCUCCAUUUAUGCUCAUACGGUUUAAUGGCCUAUUUUAUAAUUUUCUUAAUGGUUGAACCAGUAGUGCGAAAAUGGUGUUCUUUAGAGACAUAAAGUGUGAGGGUGUUGAUGAACCGGCUAUGUCACGAGCUUUUUGUGAGAAUAUAGAAGCUAGGAUAUCUCAAAAUCAAGUGACAUUAUUUAAUGUCAUCCUUCCGAAGUUAAAUUUAUUGAAUGCGAAGAUAACUCGGUUGAAAGAAGUGGUGAAGAUGGCACUUGCUGAAGCUAAAGAAAAUGAAGCUUUGGUUUAUAAACUCCGUGACAUGGUUAUUUAUUUAGAGACUUCUCUUUCGAAGGUUGAGGAGGAUAUUUUAGAAAUUGUGAAGAUUGUCAAAGCAUAUGAUGAAGAUCGACUUGCUCUAAUCACCAAUAAAAAGGAGCUAGAGGCCAUGAAGGAUGAUCAAGUCAACAUUUAGUUGCUUUUAGACUGAACUUGUUCUUACUUAGAUUUAAUUUAGAUUACCUUUUAGCUAGACCAUGUCUUUCUUCUUUACUUUUCUCCAAGAUAUACAUGGAUUGUCCUUCUCUUUGCUUCAGAUGAUUGAAUAUUACCUUCUUCAACAUAAUUUGAUUCAGGUUUGUGUUUGUUAUGACUUAUGAGUGAACUCAAAAUGAAACUUUUGGACCGUCAAACAUAGUUUGUAAUGUCGUUUGAAUGCCUA